AUGAGGGCGGUGUUUAAUGAGCCGGAUAUAGCCGAAGGAGUUUUCAAAAGUCGAAGGAUAAGCCGGGUCGGACACGUUCGAUGGAAACCAGACAAGAAACGGCCAAGACAACAGGCAGGGAAGAUCUCAAUAAGCUCUUCUAGCCUUAUAGGGACAGGGACGCAAAGAGGGACAAUGGACCGACAAAGCUUGAGUCAAGAAAAUAAAAGGGCUAAUACUGCUGAUGGCUGGUUUAAAAAAAAAGUUGGAAGGGAAGCUAUAAAGAAUAAUUCAGUUUAUAUUGGUACGCAUCAAUAA